AUGAUUCAACAAAUGCAAGUCAGAUGUCCUGAUUGCCGCGGCGAAGGUACUAGAAUCCCAGAGUCCGACCGAUCUCACUGUAAAGGAGAGAAAAGCGAGGAAGUAGAGAAGAUACUUGAGGUUCACGUAGAACCAGGAGUGGAGCACAAUGACAAGGCCACAUUCCCUCGUGAAGGAGAUCAGUCUGACCCAGACAUUGACGGGGAGGGCGAUGAUCUCAUUGCGAAAAAAACUAUAUCGCUGAACGAAGCUCUAUGCGGGUAUAAAAUCCCAUUGGAACAUCUUGACGGCCGUACUUUGAUUUUGAAGAAUAAGCCAGGAGACAUCAUAACCCCAGAUUGUUUCGUGGUAUAA